AUGUCAGAUUCAUCAACUUCUAUGGAAUUUUUAUUGUUAUACAAUUUAUUCACUUAUAUUUCCCUAACAAUUUUAUAUUUAUCAAAAGGGAAUUGGAUGGAACUAGAAAAGAAGGCCCAGGACAGAGUGGGUUGGAGAAUGUUGGUCGGCGGCCUAUGCUCCAUUAGGAGUAACAGGCGUAAGCCUUCCGACGCAACGUUGGACUUUUGGCGCGGAUUACUAUUGUAUAAUGCUAUUGGACUCCGUCUUCUUCAUUACGUCAUCGGUGCAGUCACUUGCAGAGGAACAUCUGUCAAUCAAGUGAACUCAGUUUGUGGUCGUUGUUCUCACGAGGAAGUGCACAAUUUCUGGACUUCCGCAAAAGAGAAGUGUUGCGGUGAAAGUUGA